ACUUUACCGAAAGAGCUAAGAAUAUAAAUAUCAGAUAGUUAUUUUGAAGACUACCUGGGGUACGGCUCAGUGGGCCUUACGUGGUCACAAAUAUAAAAUUGGGAGUCGUUCAGUUGUCAUCUCAACCACCCCCCCCAAAUCCCCCAACCUCUUGAGAGGAUUGGUGCAGUGUGGCUGAGCAUUGCCCCGCAUCUUGUCGCCUGCGUCUGGAGUCGCUGAAUGAGGACCGCCACUGACAAGACAUCGUCUGUGUGCAGCAGCAGCUGUGACGUCACUGACGUGGUGGAUACGUCACUGACGUGGUGGAUGAGUCACGUGAUGGCGUCAGGUGUAGCGGAGUUGGUUGAUGAUGCCUCCCGACGUCAAUGGCGGAGCCAGGAUCUUCAGAUGGACACAAAUGCGACAUCGCCGUUCAUCAAACAAGAAAAUGAAGAGAAUCCAAACCCAGCGUUGGGCCCCGACCCGACGAUGAAGUGUGAAGGUGCCGAUGCCGUUGCCAAGCAAGGACCUCGCGGGAGCCCGGGGAGCGGCGACAAGUUGGCCGUAAUGGUAAAAACCGAAGUGGAGGAAAAUGCUCCGGAUGUGAACAACGCUGAAGGCGAAGGAGCUGGCGAGGUGGCAGAGCACGAGGCAGCGGAGUCCUGCGGGUAUCUGGCCGCGCCGGGCCAGAACUUCAUCGAGGUGGAGUUGUCAGAGGAGGACGCAGCAGAUGAAGCGGGAGAAACAGAACUCCUGUGCGACGAGUGCGGGAAGGGUAGAGGCUUCGAAAUAAUGAAGACAGACAAAGCGCAACGCAGCAGCAGCAGCAUCGGCAAGACACAGGGAACCUGCAAGCGGUGCGGGAAGCCGAUGGAAGGCGCCGCGCCGUGCACGGUGGCGGUCACCGCCGAUGAGAGGAAGCUCGCGUGCAAGGAGUGCGGGAAGGGCUUUGCGACGCGGUCCACUUUGAACGCGCAUUUCCGAAUACACACGGGCGAGUGGCCGCACGCGUGCACGGAGUGCGGCAAGGGCUUCGCGACGCGCUCCAGCCUGGAGACGCACACGAGGACGCACACGGGCGAGCGUCCCCACGUGUGCGCCGAGUGCGGCAAGGCGUUUGCGCAGCGCUACCACCUGGAGGCACACUCGGUGUCGCACACCGGCGAGAAGCCGCACGCGUGCGAGGAGUGCGGCAAGGGGUUCACGCGCUUCUACGACUUGAAGGUCCACUUCAGGACACACACGGGCGAGAAGCCACACGCGUGCAAGGAGUGCGGCAGGGGAUUCGCGCACCGCUCCAGCCUGGAGGCGCACGCCGUGUCGCACACGGGCGAGUGGCCGCACGUCUGCGCGGAGUGCGGAAAGGGCUUCGCGCAGCGCUACAACCUGGAGAAGCACGCCAAGACUCACACUGGCGAGCGGCCGCACGCCUGCGCCGAGUGCGGCAAGGCGUUCGCGCACCGCUCCGACCUGGAGAGGCACAGGAGGACGCACACGGGCGAGAAGCCGCACGCGUGCGCCGAGUGCGGCAAGCGCUUCGCGCGGCGCUCCCACCUGGAGGUGCACUCCAUAUCGCACACGGGCGAGUGGCCGCACGCGUGCGGCGAGUGCGGCAAGGGCUUCGCGCACCGCUCCGACCUGGAGGUGCACGCGAGGACGCACACGGGCGAGAGGCCGCACGCGUGCGCCGAGUGCGGCCGGGGCUUCGCCCGGCGCUCCCACCUGGAAGCGCACUCGGCGUCGCACGCAGGCGAGUGGCCGCACGUGUGCGGCGAGUGCGGCAAGGGCUUCGAGCACCGCUUUUCUUUGGAGAAGCACGCGCGGACGCACACGGGCGAGAAGCCGCACGUGUGCGCCGAGUGCGGCAAGGGCUUCUCGCAGAGCGGCCACUUGAAGCGACAUUCUAGGACGCACGCUGCCGAGUGGAAAUCUUGAAUCGAAGCGGUUUUUUUUUCCUCCUUUUGUUUUACUUCCCCUUUUUCCUCCCCCAUUUGGCUUCGAGCGAUGUUUUUUUUUCGUUUUGGCUAAAUACGCUCGCCCGUCGUAUAUAUAGUAGCCGUAGUGUGAUGUUGUAUUAGGGAUAUAACAAAUAAACUGAAAAAAAGUCA